AUGGAAGACGCUAAUGAAAAGCUACAAAACUCAGUGACGGAUCUCAAGGCGCGGUCCAUGAGGGAUAACCUCGUGUUCUCAGGAAUCACGGAACAAAGAGGGGAAGACACCGAGGCCCUGCUACAGGAUUUCCUCCAGAAAAAAUACAAGCUCGAGUACGAAAUCUCUUUUGAACGUGUUCACAGAAUGGGCAGAUGGAACGAAUUUAAUGAACACCCACGAAAUAUUGUGGCCAAAUUUACAUAUUACAAGGAUAGGGAGUUCAUCCGAACACAUGCGGCACAGAAGCUGAAAGGAUCAAAUGUCUGGGUGAAUGAACAAUAUCCCCCGGAAAUUGAAGAGAGGAGAAAAAAGCUCUACCCUGUCAUGCGUCAGGCCAAGAAAGAGAAAAAACGCGCAAAGCUGGUCCGCGAUGUCCUGUACAUUGAGGGAGAGAUUUACACUCCACCUAUGGAAUCCGCCCGUCAAACUGCAUCUACGCGACAGACUGGACCAAGCCAUGCGAGUCAACAGACACCCCGAAGUGACCGACAGCCAAACAAAAGACAACGCCAAGGAUCAACUCCUUCUGGUAAAUAG